AUGUCUGAAAAGGAUUGUGAUAAGGAGAGUUGCUCUCCUCUUGAAGUGCCAGAUUUCAAGAAUGCUUUGAAGCAGUUCCAGAAACUAGUUGAAAAAACAGUAACCCAGAAGACAAAGAAGAGAUUAGGCUUGUAUCUUGAAGAUGAGGAUGAGAUAGACUAUGAUAAGUUCUGUACAACCACACAGACAAUUUUUGGUCCAGAAGUCAAAGAUCAUAACAUUAAGGCCUUUUUCAGGAAGAUUAGCAACAACCUUGAUGCAAGGACAGAAUGGUGUGAGAUUUUUGGCUAUUUCAUAGGAGAAGGUGGUGCCAUGUCUUCCCAGCUGAAAGAAGAAAACAUGGUUUUCCUUGUAUCUGAAAAACAGCAGAUUAGUCAUGCAGUUGUCAAGAGACAAGAUGUGAUUAAGUGUAUAGCAAAGGUGCCCCAUCUGGAUUUCAUAGUAACAUCUUCUGAGAAAGGAGUGCUAACUAUUUUUAACAACCAGAUGAGAGUUCUGGCAACCACUGUUGUUGAAGAUACUGCUUGGAUCACUGGAUGUGAUUUCUUACCUCAGCUGAAAUGUGUCGUGGCUGUAACUGAAAGGACAGUCAUCGUCUGGGACUAUAAAUCAAAAGGGAGUCAGAAUAAUUGCUUUAUCAUCAAACCAAUGGAAAAUGGUCUGCUCUGUGUUUGCACGGUGACUAUGCCAGAUCACCUGGCUAAGGAUAAUAUCCUAAUGGGAGAUGAUAAGGGUUAUGUUCACCUACUUACUGUGACGAGUGAUCACUUUGGAUUGAAACAAUGUAAAGGCAAAAAAGACUCACAACUUCAGGUCUUGGACUCCAAAACUUUCACCGUUGUUAAACGCAAGCUACAUGAUGACUGGACUGUAAAAGUUAAGUAUAUUUCUGACCUAAAUUGUUUUGGAUCCUGCUCCUCAGACAGCAUUCAUUCAUUUGUUUUGGAUGACAUAAAGCGACUAGGGGACAACUUACCUGUAAAGGAAUUUUCUGUACCUAGAGGGGUCAAUGCCUUCACAUACUGUGGAAAGGCAAAAGUCAUUGUCACUGGAGGUCAUGACAAAGUCCUUCGUUUGUGGCAUCCUGCUAUUAAUAGUAGGCCUACAGGGAAGCUCUCAGGACACCGACAUAGUAUUGUGGAAAUUGUGACAAAUGAAAAAGAUCAACAUAUCAUCAGCCUUUCCUCUGCAAAGAUUUUUAGAGUGUGGGAUAUACAGACACUUUCACUGCUGCAGGUCUUCCAUGAUAAUCAAGGGAGUCCUGGAGAGAUGGAGACCUUUGCCAUGGUGUUUGACAAUGAUCGUGGCAUGCUUAUCACUGGUUCAGUUGUCAUUGAUAUUUAUCCCCUAACUCAUAUGAUACAAGACACAAGGUUGGUGCCACAGACGCAUCAGAAAAGCAUCAAUGUUCUGGUUUACAACAGGACUUUUCACCAGAUUCUCACUAUCUGCUCUGAGUCAAUACUGAAGGUCUGGGACCUAGAAACAGGAUAUCAAAUAUAUCAGAUUGAAGAUGCACAUGGGCCAAAUAUUGAAGUCACCUGUGCAGCCAUUGAAAUAAAUGGGUUUUAUCUUGCUACUGGGGCAUGUGAUGGAACAGUGAAAAUUUGGGAGUUUGAAAGUGGGCAGGAAGUUAAAGCUUUGCCUUUGGCCCAGCACAGCAAAGAUGAGUGUCGUCUGCUGAAGAUAGUUUAUCUGAAGGCUGAUGACAGUCAACAUGCACUUCUUGUUCUGGAGCAGAGUGGGAAGAUGAAAAUCAUUCAGGGUAACUCAGUUCAAUCAUAUCUGUAUGUCACAUGGAUGCUUCCUGAGUCAGUGUCAUUGCCACAAAGGAAUCCAGUUGUGUCUCUGUCAUUGAAGCCUGACACCUUACAAACGUAUGAUUUUUUUCCGGAUAUUCAGCUGCUGUCUGACACCAGUUCUCUGAGGACUGAUACAGAGAAUUUUGUACCUUCUGUGGAAAUGAAGUGUUUUGAUGUUUUGAAAGUAGAAGGAUACAGUUUGAUAGCUACAGGAAGUGCAAACGGUGCAAUAAUUUUGUGGGAUUUUGAAUCUGCCUCUGUGAGAUGCCUGUGUAAAAUUAAUGAAGACAGCCAGCCUUCAGUUCUUCAAGCAUCUGGAGUCAAUGCCGUGUUAUUCCUUGUACAUAGUGCUUUCUAUUCCAGGUAACUGAAAAUCAGUUCCCUGCCGUCUGCUACUGUGAGGGGUGAUAUCAGUGCCAUUCCAGAGCACAAGAGCAGUUCUUUGAACCUACAUAAGGAAAAUGUAAGAAGUGAUGAAAUUAAUACUCAAAUAACAACAGCUGAAUUUAUUUUGCAAAGAAAACAUAAAAUGUAUGAUCAUUUGUGUUCCAAAGCAGAAGACGCAAGUAACUUACACUUACCAGUACUGGCUUCUGCUCAUGAAAAUGGCUGUAUCUAUCUAUGGAGUAUUCAGGGAAAAUUAGUGAAAGAACUUUUGCCAUUUUCAAAAUACCCUUCAGUUCCUCUGACAGCACUAUGUACAGACAUCUCCACUAAGAUGCUUUUGGCAGGCAGUAAGGAGGGACAUAUAAUGCGUUGGAGCAUUGACUCAUUCUUAGAAGAUCCACAAAAUAGUAAAAAUCAAAUAAAGGAGGAGCUCUGCUGGAGGGCACACUCUACUGAAGUGGUUGACUUAUUUCAUGAAGAGGAGAAAAAUGUGGUAGUGACAGCAUCUAUUGAUGGUUCAGUCAGGCUCUGGCAUGCCAUGAACGGAUACUAUCUUGGUUACUUGGGACAACCCAGGAAGUUUGAAUUAUCAGAUAUCAGUCGGUUGAUUUUGCCUUGUGAUGUUAAUAACUUUCCUACUAUAAUUAAAGAGGAAAGCAAGCAUAUGGAAAAGACAAAGAAGUUUGAAUAUCCUCUGAUGCUGGACAGGGACAAAUGGAAGUCACUGAUCAGAUCACCUUCAGUUUUAAAAAAGCAUAAACAUGUGGACACAAUUCAGGACUUGAAGUUUUUCAAAGCUCUGGCUUCUCCAAAGAUCCAUAGACAACCUUUGGAAAGUUUUGAGUCUGGAAACAGAGACGCUGAUGCAGUAUUUGGGUUUCUUCCUAUAUAUAAGGUCUUCAGUGGAACAAAGCUGAGACGUCCAGUCUCACUGGAUGGACAACGGAGACCGGUUUCAGUGGAGAACAGGGUCAAGACAAAUAAACAUAGCGUCCAACUUCAGUAA